UCGGUGCAGCGUAUUCACGAGCAGUGAAAGAACGCACUUUCGACCAAGUGCAUUAUGCGUUAGUGGAAACUGUGAGUGGCGCUGGAAAAAUAGGGAAAAACGCAACCAAACACGAUUAGGCGGGUGUUGUGGCAGAAGCAUAACCUCAAAAUAGAAGCAGCGCAGGUAGGAACGAACAUGAAAUCAUCGCUGCCCGUGCCGGAGUUCAUCGAUGACGAUGACUGCUCGUUUACUUUCAAGAAGGCUAAUCGGCAGCGCGUCGCGUCACACUUGCGCAGGCCACCGAAGCUGUUCCACCAGAGCUUCAGCCGCUGCGUCCACGCAUCCAGUGCCAACGUGAUCUCGUUCCGGGAGGAUAGCCAGAGCGAGCUGAGCGCACUGUACAAUGCCGGCAAGGCCGAAUCCUACUACGAGCAGUGUUUCGACCAGCUCGCCAAAGUAGGCGAAGGAUCGUUCGGCGAGGUGUUCAAGGUGCGGAGCCGCACCGAUGGCCAGCUGUAUGCGGUUAAGAAAUCGAUUGCCCUGUUCCGCAACGAACGCUCCCGGCAAGCGUGCUUCGAGGAGGUGCGUCGCUACGAGCAGUUCUCCGACCACGAGAACUGCGUCAAGCUGUACCAUGCCUGGGAACAGGAUGAGCGGCUGUACAUGCAGAUGGAACUGUGUAAAUCGAGCCUGGAGAACGUGGCAAUGGGCGAACUGCCCGAGAGUCGGAUCUGGUCGAUCCUGCUCGAUCUGUUGCUGGCGCUCAAGAGUCUACACGAUCGGAAUCUGAUCCACCUGGAUAUUAAGCUGGCCAACAUUCUCGUUACCGACGAUGGUACCUGCAAGCUGGCCGAUUUUGGGCUCGUGUUCGAUCUAACGCACGGCAACUUCCGGUUAGCGUCCGAAGGUGACUCGCGUUACAUCGCUCCGGAGCUCAUGGAAGGGCGCUACUCGAAGGCGGCCGACAUUUUUAGCCUGGGGCUAGCGACGCUCGAACUGGCCUGCAAUCUGGAGCUACCGAAGGAUGGGCGCAUGUGGCACAGGCUGCGCAGUACCCAGCCGCUACCGGACGAGCUGACGAAGAAGAUGUCACCGGCGUUGCGGGAUAUCGUACAGCGUAUGCUACGCGUACAGCCGGAAGAACGGCCUACGGUCGAUGCACUGCUGCACCAUCCGACGAUUCGGAAGCUUCGGGAAGAUCGUAACCGCUCACGGAUAGUGCGCGGUAUCGUUGGGUUCUUCCGGCGCAAGAUGCUCUCCCUUCGGCAGUUUAUUGCUGGAGCGCUCGUGUGGUUGGUGGCAUGCUUCCGAUUGCAGCACCGCAAACGGCCCUCGGAACGCGAUUGCAGACGAUCGUCAAAGGGUGCUUCGCGAUCAUUCCAGGAACAAUCGUCGGGAGCGCUGCAAGGUGACUCGUUCUAUGAUAAAGCCGACGAAGAGGACGGUGAUGGUGUCGCGGAAUCACCGGGAUCAAAGGAUAGCGUACAGAGUACACCGACCCUGAACAAUUCGGUCCCAUCGCAUCCGCCCUCGGUUCGGAUUGUUAAUUCGACGCCCUUAAAUCACCACCAUUUGCACCAGAUGCAGAACAGUUUGUUGCAACAGUUGCACCAGCAACACCACCAAUCAGGGAACGGCCUACGGCAUCACCAGAAUCGCUUGCCUUGCUCUCCGCUGCGUGUACUGUGGUUUGGAGAAGACGACGACGAUGAUCUGUCGCCGUUGAAUGAUUCACGAUCGCGCAAUCGCCAUGCAAUCUCAUCCACGCCACUGCAUGGCCGAACGGCGGCUAUGAUGGCGGCGGCCCAGGUGAACGCGACGGCAGAGAAGCUCAACCAUCUUCAUGAUAGCGAUAACGAUAUCCGGCCACUCAGUACGUCGCUACCCAAGGAAGAGCAAGGCCAAUCACCUGCCAGUGGCGGAAGUGGUAGAGCUGGUGGUCGUGAUGCUAAUACUUCCGAUCGUGAUUCGUCGUCGAUCAUGGCGACACCAAAUGGUUCCUUUCAUUUGUUGCAUUCUGGUGGUCGAGGCUUCGCUGAGACGCCCCCGUCUGGCUGUGAUUCUCUUUCGUCCGGGUUUGCCUCGUUCCCGAGCAAGAAACGCUUGCACUUUAAUCUGGAUGAGGAUGAUACCGAUUCCAAUUAAACGUCCCAAGCCCAUUGUAGAAGAUCUCCUACGGCUCUCUGUCUCAGUAUCGCUAUCCGGAAGGCUCGUUAGGGAAAAUACGAACAAACAAGUAGGCGAGAAAGAAACCCCAGGCGAUCUUCAUUUUUUGUUUGUUUGUUUGUUUUGCAAUUAACGAUAAUAUUAAAAAGAAGCCAAGCUCUCACCAAUAACGGAUCUCACAAACUACUACUGCUACUACUACUACUACUACUAUCAUGUUCUGCUCCCCACAGCAGUCUACUUGUUGUGCUGUCCGCUAAAGCACCCACGAACCACCAGACUCGCCUGCUAUUAGUUGGGACGAAAAUGAUCCACGAAGCUAAGAAACGUAGCAAGCGUAGAUGAGCGCGUGUACGAGGAGCUCUCAGGGCGGCAACAUUCCCGGUUAAGAGAAGUGGUAGGAACGGCGAGUAGAACAUGAGCCAAGCAACGACUAAUAACGAGGAAGGUCCUAGGUGGUGACGGUAAAAUGUGUAACAAAACUAGCAAAAACUUGUGAUAAUUUUCUGUAAAAUGUUUUAUAAACUUUCUCCCUAAUCGAAUGCGUGCGUUAAAAGGAGGAGAAAGCAUGCAAAUCGCGCGAAAUUGCCUGCCUUCGAUGAUGAUCCUUCGCGUAUCCUUGCGAACGAAUCGAGAAGCGAAACGACGGUAGCACACGGUAUGGUUUUAGUGUGUUCGGUUAGCAACCGGUAAGGCAGUGGUUGCUGUUGGUUAAGUAAUUCAUGCAUUCAGAAGAUCGAGGAUAUUGUUUUUGGUGGUUAAUCACGAAGGAGAAUAUCGCGGAAUAGCGUAGUCGUUUGAGUUUGUAUGUAGGUAUACAAUAUAUAUCUAGAAGUAGAGCCAACAUAGUCAUUCGAAUAAAUAGCCAUUUGCUACUAGGAAAGGUGAA